CCUGGAGGGGCCAGGGGAUGGAGCCUGGGGGUGGAAGGGCCGGACCGUCCCCAGAGGUGUGUGAUCCACAGAGUAGAGACUAUGGUUGGCGGGUGCCCCCUACUCAGGUCCACUGCUGCUGACCCGGUCCGUGUCUCCUACAGGAACGGACUCUGCAGACGAGGCGGCCUAAUCCGGCCAACCCGUCCUAAGGGAGAGGACAGAGUCCCAGAGCGCAGACGAUGGCUGAAGCCUCGUGGGGUCCCCACACCUCGGAGAAGAGAGGACUCUGGCAGGUCCCCGUGACGUUCGAGGAUGUGGCCGUCUUCUUGACUCGGGAAGAGUGGUGUCACCUUGACCUUCCCCAGAGGAGCCUCUACAAGGAUGUCAUGCUGGAGAACUAUGACCAUGUGGCCUCCCUGGGCUUUCCCGUCUCCAAACCCACCGUGAUUUUGCAGUUGGAGCGAGGGGUGGAACCGUGGGUGCUAAAUACACGGGAAGCAGAGAAGAGGAGGAGCCCGACAGGCGCCAGACGAAGUUCCUCUGUCCCACCGCAAGCAGCCGGUGAAAUCGAACCUCCUGCUUCUCUGUCGGCUCGAGAGACCGAGACCGGGAUCGGCAGUCUGCCUCCACGGCGGGAAAUGUCGCCGAGAGAGGCCCACGAGGUGAUGUCAGGGAGACCCCAGUGGGACCCCGAGUGCCGAGGAGCCCGUGAGCGAGAGAGGAGGCCGGAGUGGUGGUGGAGAAGCCAGGAGAGAGCGGGGAGGUUUCGGAUACAAGCGGCCGCCACCUCCGGGGAGCCCCGCCUGGCCGGGAACGGACCGGGGCCCCGCUCCGGAGAGAGUUCGGACCCGGCUUCCCGGUGGAGGCCGCCCCCGGCCGGGAACGCCAUCGGCAGGCGCCCGGAGGGCGGCCCCGGGAAGCCCCACCUGUGCCGCGAGUGCGGGAAGGGGUUCAAAUGGGCAUCCAAACUGGUGGAGCACCGGCGACGACACACCGGCGAGAAGCCCUACUCCUGCCCGGCCUGCGGGAAGGCCUUCGGCAACAGCUCCAACCUCAUCCGCCACCGGAGGAUCCACACCGGCGAGAAGCCCUACGCCUGCCUGGCCUGCGGGAAGGCCUUCCGGAACAGCUCCAACCUGAUCGAGCACCAGAGGGUCCACACCGGCGAGAAGUCCUUCGUGUGCCCCGACUGCGGGAAGACCUUCCGCUGGCGCUCCCACUUCGUCCACCACCAGAGGAGCCACCGCGGAGAGAAGCCCUACUCCUGCCCGGACUGCGGGAAGACCUUCAAGUGGACCUCCAAGCUCGUCGAGCAUCAGAGGGUCCACACCGGCGAGAAGCCUUACGUCUGCCCCGGCUGCGGGCGAGCCUUCAACCACAGCUCCAACCUGAUCCGCCACCAACGGAUCCACGCCAAGGAGGGGACGUGGGAGGGGCCCGGGAGCUGGGGCGGCUGCGAGGACCUCGGCACCGAGGACGAGCCCCUCGCGGAGAACGGAGGGGGCCGGGUUUUCGGACAGCAGGGGCCGCGGCCCGGAGGGGAGGAGCCGCACGCGGGCCCUCGGUACGGGGAAGGCUUCGCCCUCGGCUCCGACCUCGUUUGCCACCAGAGGCUUCCCGUCAGGGGGAGGGAAUGGCGCCGGGCGGAGGGCGGGAGAACUGCCGACGGGCACGCGGAACCCUCGAGUCCCAAGAGGUUCCCCGCCGGGGAUCGGCUCCUCGGGUGGGACGCCCGUGGGAGAACCUGGAGGUGGAGCGUGGAAUAUCCGCAGGGCCACCCCGGAGGGGAGCCCUCCAGACGGAAUGCAAAGAGCGGCCUGGCCUACGAGAAGCAGCGGGGCCCGGUCGAUAGAGCCCGGGCCCAGGAGGCAGAAGGAGCCGGGUUCUAGUCCCACAC